AAUCUGAGGACAGCUUGGUCUAUACAGGAAGUUCUAUGAUAUCCAGGGCUUCAGAGAGACAAACUGUCUUUAAAAAGGUUAAUUCAUAAAUGAUGAAAACUAGACUCUGAUGCAGUUUCUAAAGUAAAUCUCAUAAUUAUCACAUGAUGGCAUGGGUUCGUGAUCGAAAGUCUCAUCACCCAGAAGAAUGCUCAUAGGAAGUAUAUCCAUGGAAAGACAAGGUCAAGGGCGGAAACAUAUUCUUCAAAUGGCAGGCAGUCCAUGGACUUGUGUCAACUUGAAUUGCUUCCUCCAGAGAUGAGCAAAUGCCGUAAUUAUGACCUCAAGCCAGCAAAGUGGGAUACUUCUCAAGAGCAUCAGAAACAAAGAUCUGCACUCCCUACCAGCCGACCUGGAGAAAAUGGUAUCAUAAGACGAAGGUCUUCUAUAGAAGAACUCAAAAUAUCUCCACUGUUCGUUGUUCGAGUCCUUGCUGCAGCCAUGACCAUUCGCUUCACCAUUAUCACAUUGACGUGGCUUACUGUUUUCAUAACUUUGUUAUGCAACAAGGAAGUUUCAGUUUCCUCAAGAGAGGGUUACUGUGGCCCAUGCCCUAAUGACUGGAUAUGUCACAGAAACAACUGUUACCAAUUUUUUAAUGAGAACAAAGCCUGGAACCAGAGCCAAGCUUCCUGUUUGUCUCAAAAUUCCAGCCUGCUGAAGAUAUACAGUAAAGAAGAACAGGAUUUCUUAAAGCUGGUUAAGUCCUAUCACUGGAUGGGACUAGUCCAGACCCCAGCAAAUGGCUCCUGGCAGUGGGAAGAUGGCUCCUCUCUAUCACCCAACGAGUUAACACUGGUGAAAACCCCAAGCGGAACCUGUGCUGUCUAUGGCUCAAGCUUUAAGGCCUACACAGAAGACUGUUCAAAUCCAAACACGUACAUCUGCAUGAAAAGGGCGGUGUAAAGAUUUCAUUACCAGUCUCACAGCAACAGCCAGGACAAGAAAACUGUCCCAGGAGAAACUGGGACUAAUAAGAGACUCAACAUAAGACAAACAUAAAACGGCAGUACUGCGCCCUCCACAGAACUAAUAGUUGGACAUAUCGUGUCCCAUAAAACAAGGGAAGCCUGUGGGGCCAGGGAAAUAUGAGGCAGGGGAUGGAGGGAGCAGGAGGACUAAGAGUUUGGUUGAGGCCUAUCCAAACACGGGAAAUCUGGCCCUGCCCUACUGGAGGAAGCCUUGUUGCCCAGUAGCCUCUCCCUUACAAGGUCAAAUCUAUCAACACCUGGAAUUCUUCCAAGAUAUCCCCUAUGCACUCCCUAAAAGUUUAAAUAACCCCUUCCCCCCAAUUAAAUGGACUAUUUUAUUCAAGAUGCCUCAAGAGAGUCUAGAAUCUAUUCUAGAACUCACUGUCCUCUGAGUUCUUUUCACUCCUGGCAGUUCUUGCCUCACUUCUCUCAGAUUCUGCUGUUGUGGUUGGCUGACUGAUCAUGCUGCUUCUAGGAUAUGAGGAAAAAGAAAAGGAGGAGCCUCGAUUUCAAGAUGGAACCAACACAUAAAGGAACUGUGAGAACGGGAGAAGACAGCCCUAUAGCACUGGGAGUUUAAACUCCAGCACUAUGGAAACUGUUGGCUGGGUAGGACCACAGUAGGAACGAUUGUCAGCUGUGGCCAGCAGGGUUGUCAUCUUAGUGAUCCAAGAAAGCAGCCUUCUGUCUGGGAGGGACAACAGGGACUGUCUGGGUAAGGUCAAGCAGGACUGCUUUCAGAACUUGAAGAUCUCACGGAACUCACUUCGUGGAGGGGAGGACUCUCUCCCCCCUCUUUCAAAUGUUUUCCACUUGAGGUGACAGUGUCUCUUGAAGGCAAGUCACCCUCUUUUGAAAGUAUAUAGCUUGUUUCACUUUACAAAUCAGAAAAAAAAUUUUUUUUUUACUUUCU